AUGUCAAACCUGAAGAAUCCUCCCCCUCCAGAGUUUGUGAACCCAAAGAAACCUGGGCGGGUGACAAACCAGCUACAGUAUUUGGACAGAGUUGUAAUGAAGGCAUUAUGGAGCCAUCAGUUUUCAUGGCCCUUUCGGAAGCCAGUCGACGCUGUGGCACUACAAAUACCAGACUAUUAUAAAAUCAUCACAAAUCCAAUGGACUUGGGAACCAUCAAGAAACGUCUUCAGAAUAAGUAUUAUUGGAAAGCACUGGAAUGUUUACAAGACUUUAACAACAUGUUUUCGAAUUGCUACAUGUACAAUCGGCCAGGAGAUGAUAUUGUUUUUAUGGCUCAAACUCUGGAAAAGCUCUUUUUGCAAAAACUAUCCGACAUGCCUAAAGACGAGAGUGAUGUUAAUGAACAUAUUGGAAAUGGUGCUAUUAAACAGAAGAACUCCAACUGCAGGGGUGAUGCUAAGCACAAAGUAUCAAUGUCAGAGUUUGCACUGCAACAGGCGAUAACGACUAUUCCUCCUGAGGGAUCUCAGAAUCAUACUCCUUACAAGAUCCCUAAAACCCCGGAGGCUACCGUGCCUAAUAGUCUGAAAAGAAAAGCGGAGGCAGCAGAGCCAUCAGCUCUACCCAAGGCUGAUGGAUUCUUUUCAGGCAAACCAUCCACAGCUUGUCCGUUGAGGAAAGGCAGUGGCAGACCCAUCAAACCUCCCAAAAAAGACUUGCCAUCCUCUGAUGUCAAAAAGGGUCGAUUAUCUGACCAGCUUCGUUGCUGUAAUGACAUCUUGAAGGAGCUCCUCUCAAAAAGGCACUAUGCCUAUGCCUGGCCUUUCUACACCCCUGUGGAUGCUAUGGUUUUGGGCCUUCAUGACUAUCAUGAAGUCAUUAAGCAACCCAUGGAUCUGGGAACUGUACGGAAAAGAAUGGAUGAACGACACUAUGGUAAUGCCAAAGAGUUUGCUGCAGACAUAAGACUUAUGUUUUCUAACUGCUACAAAUACAACCAGCCAUCAGAUGAGGUGGUAUCCAUGGCCAGAAAGCUCCAGGAGGUUUUUGAAGCACGAUAUGCUAAAAUCCCAGUGGAUUCUGAAAAAAUAGUGGUUCCUAUUCCAAAGAAUUUGGAGAAGGAAAAGGCGAACAAAGUUGUAAGUCACCCGAGCUCAGAGAGUUCAGACAGCGGGACUUCUUCAGAGACUGAGAAAUCCACUGAGGAUGUUGCUGCACAGCUUGCAAACUUGGAGGCGUGGUUAAAAGACAUGAGUGAACAUUUGAGAAGAAUGAAGUCGAAAAAGGAAAAGUUAAAAAAAGACAAAAAAUCAAAGAUGAUUUCCAAAUUGAAACACAAAUCAUCAAAGUACAAGUCUUUGUUGGAACAAAUGAAAAACAAGAAGUCUUUAAAAUACUUGAAAUAUGAGGAUGAAUUAUCAAGGCAAAUGUCUUACCAAGAAAAGAAGGAGCUCAAGCUUGAUAUUAGCCGGUUGCCUGGGGGUCGACUGGCAAAGCUUGUGAAGAUUAUACACAGUAGAGAGGCCUGUCUCCGAGAAUCCACUCUUGAGGAGAUCGAGGUUGACUUUGAUGUUCUCAAGAACUCGACCCUGAGAGAGCUACGGAAGUAUGUCUCUUCAUGUCUGAAGAAAGAAAAUCUUAAAAAAAAGCAAUACAGACCUCCAGAACAGAGUCAGACAGGCAUUUCUAAAGAUGUCUGGAAAUCCAAAGUUUCUCCCAAAGAUCAGGCUGUUUUACACAAAAAGCCUUUCGCCGCCAAAUCAUUGCCCUUGCAGCUUCUUCCUGCACCGAUCCUCAGCGCGAGCAGCAGCAGUGAGUCUGACUCUGAGAGCUCAGACUCUGGAUCAGUAUGUGUUAAACACCAGGUAGUUACAACCUUUUUGUAUGCCUUUUUAGUGUCACCAACAAAGAAAAGGAGCAAGAAAAGAUCAAUACAGUCAAAUGGCCACUGUGCACACAUUGGCAAACAAACCUCUGGACCUGAAGACCUGAGCACCAGACCGAUCAGGCCAUACCAGAUACCCUGUGUGCAAUCCUCUGUAGCAGAGAGUAAACGACCACUGACCGACUGCAACAGUAAUGAGCUGCCCAUGGCUCCCCCAGAUUUAUCUGCACUUUUAUCACCAAUGGUUUCUCCGGGGAUCAUCCUGGACACCAGAUUUGAGCCACAGCCUGUGCUGUCCCCUCUGAGUGACAGUCCAGUGCAGAUGAAGGAUGAGAGCAUAUCCAAUUUCAGACAUUCUGAUGAUUUCACUUUGACCAAUACAAGUAAAACUUUGGAUGAAGACAAAUGCCAACUCCCUAAAAAGGACAUUGUUUUGAGAAACGCAGAGUCUUGGGCAAAAGUAGUGAAGGCGUCUGUCACACCAGUCCCGAUCAAGUCUUCGAUGGAGAGUUUUCAGCAGUUUAGGAAGGCAGCGAUGGAGAAAGAGGAACGAGAAAAGGAGUCAAAGAAAAAACAUAUGGGCAAAGAAAUCAACCAAAACAGUUUCUCAUGGCCAAUUAAAAGUGAAAGGCGUCAGUCUCCCGAAAAACCUUACUCUCCGCAAGGAUUUCGAUUAGACCCACUCGCUGAAAUCCUAAAGGAAGCUGUGAUUCAGAAGCCCCUGUCUCCUCUGGAACUGCAGGAUGUUCCAUCGCCCUCUCCGGUGGAUAAGGACCGAGAAACCGCCCGCCGCAGGGAACAGGAGCGCCGCAGGAGAGAAGCGAUGUGUGGUAUUGACAUGUCGAUGCAGAGGGACAUCAUGACUAGCUUUGAGCUCAACUUGGACUAA